AUGACGUACAAUGGGGACCUUGUGAACGAGGAAGCAGACUCAGACCAAGGCAAGAAAUACGCCCUUUGGUUGGGAGAUGUGGUAGUCCUUGGCAAAGCUGAUGAUGGUUCUAAUCUUGUUCUCACCGCAGCAGCGAAACGUCGUCCUCGCUCCAUCUCUCUCUAUAUUGAGGAAGAGGAGGAUGAGAAUGAAAGCAAUGAGGUGGAUGAAAAUGAGGAAGGUGGUACCUCCAAAAAACGCAAAAUUGAUGUUCCUCAGAAAAAUGGAAAUCAGAAACAUGAAAAUGGUCAUUCUGGAGAUUCGACCAAUAAUGCAGAAGUCGGUCGUGGUCACAGGCGUGCCAUUCUUGAACAGAAAACUCGUAAUGAAAUUACCUCGGAGCAGAAGAGAUUGCAGCAGAGAAGGGAUCUUUUUGAUAAGCUGCAAAUUAAUGCUAAAAAUCGUCUUCAAGGUCUGAAAACAGAUGGAGAGACUGGUCCUAAGUUGAAAUCUAAUGUGUCUUACAAGGGUGCUGGUCAAAUGCCCAAGGAAGAUGAUGUCAGAAGACUCCGAAUCUUUGUUGAUAAGAAAUACGAGACUGUCAUCUUGCCCAUCUUUGGCCAUCCAACACCCUUCCAUAUCAGCACGAUAAAGAACGUUUCAUCUUCAAUCGAAGCAGACUACACUUACCUUCGUAUCAAUUUCCAUCACCCUGGAGCUGUAAUUGGUCCGAAGGAUGCCUCAAAUUUCCAGAACCCUCAAGCCACCUUUUUAAAAGAAAUGACUUAUCGGGCCUCAAACCAGCGUCAUAGCGGCGAGUUAGCAAGCGCAUCAACUAACCUCAACAACGCCUACAGAAUCAUUAAGGAGGUCUUGAAGAAAUUCCGUUCACGCGAAGCGGAGGAGAAGGAGAGAGCUAAUUUGGUCGAACAGGACAACCUGAUCAUUGAUCAAGGAAAACCUGCAUUCAGGCUUCGUGAUCUUUACAUUCGUCCGAAUAUCGUUACAAAAAGAAUUACAGGAACAUUGGAGGCCCACAGCAACGGUUUCCGUUUCACAUCAAUUCGGGGUGAUAAGGUGGAUAUUCUUUACAAUAACAUCAAACACGCCUUUUACCAACCCUGUGAUGGUGAAAUGAUCAUCCUCCUACACUUCAACCUCAAGGCUAGUUUUUUUAAUGCCAUAAUGUAUGGUAAAAAGAAGCAGGACAACAUUCAAUUUUACACCGAGGUUGGGGAACUGACAACAGAUUUGGGUAAAACCCACGGUCGAAUGUACGAUAGGGAUGAUAUCGAGACGGAACAGAGGGAACGAGAAAUGCGUGAAAAGAUUAAAUCCGCUUUCAAAAGCUUUGUCGAUCGUGUGGAAACCCUCGCCAAGCGCUAUAACUUCGAAUUUGAGAUGCCCUUCCGAGAUCUUGGUUUCCAUGGCUGUCCUCUGAGAACAACUGUAUUCCUAAUGCCGACAAGCUCCUGCCUUGUUAGCCUGAGUGAAUGGCCACCGUUUGUAAUUUCUUUGGAUGAAGUGGAACUUGUGAUGUUUGAGCGUGUCUCCUUCUCAAUUAAGACCUUUGAUAUGAUCUUUGUGUUCAAGGAUUAUCGAGCGAAACCGGCUAUGAUUGCUUCCAUUCCCAGUGCCUCAUUGGAUCAUGUAAAAGAGUGGGUGCUCUCUUGUGACAUCUACUAUGCAGAGGGUGUGCGUUCCAUGAAUUGGCCCAAACUCAUGAAGACAAUUAUUGAUGAUCCUGCAGACUUUUUGGCGCAGAAUGGAUGGUCCUUCAUCUCUCCUGAUGAUGACGAAGAGGAUGAGAAUGAGGAAGACACGGAUCCUGAGGAUGAAAGCUACGAACCUUCAGAGGAUGAAAACGAAGAAGGGGAUGAUGAAAAUGGUGAUGAAGACAGUGGAAGUUGCUACGCUGAAGAUGGUGAUGAAGAAUCGGACUGGGAGGCAGAACAGGAGUCCUCUUCUGAGGGUUCUCUCGAUUCUGACGAAUCAGAGGGAAAGGAUUGGGACGAACUUGAGCGUGAAGCUCUGAGAGAGGAUCGUAGACACGAGCAUGACGAAACGACGAAGUCAAGGAAACGGAAACGAUCACCGAGUCCUCGACCUGUCGCCAAGAAAUCCAAGCACUCCCGUCGCUAA